UGUAUUUCCUUUAUUAUACAUUUAAAUUGUUUAAAAAUGAAUUGUAAUUAUGAAAAAUAAAGAGUUAUUUUAUUCAGAAAAUUUACUGAAGGAUUAUCAACUUUUAGAUAAACUUAGUAACUAUACAUCAAUAAAAUAUGAAGAAGUUAGCCAUAUUCUUAAAGAAAGGAUUAUUAUACAUGCUGGUAAGAAAGAUUAUUCAGGAUGUCCUGUAGUACAAAUCAGCUUUCCUCCUCACGCUUCGCCAUCGGAUCCUACCCAGCCAUCCACAACAAUGAUGCCAUCUACCUUAUCUGCCAUGGAUGAUAUUUCUCCCGAGGUCGAAAAAGAUACGAAGCAACCUCAAAAUAUUCUCAAGGCCCUUAAAUAUUUUUCUUCCAUUUUGCCGCCGGAGACGCAAAAACUAGGCUUUACGAUAGUUAUAGACGGAAGGCGUUCGAAAUGGGAAACUCUAAAGCCUGUAUUGCAUAUUUUGGAGGAAUCGUUUAGUGAGAAUAUAAAUUGCGUUCAUAUAAUUAAACCGGAAAAAUUUUGGCAAAAACAAAAAACCAGUCUCGGAGCUACUAAAUACCGAUUUGAAACAUCUAUGGUCUCGUUAGAAACUCUGGGCAAGACUUGCUUAGACCCACGCCACCUUGUCUCCCCGCAUGCUACCGACAGCUCGAUUUCCACCAAUCAUGGCACUGUAAAUAACUGUAAUCAACUGGGAAUCCCAUUUUCAUUUUUGUUUGACCACUCCGAUUGGUCGGACACUCGCUCACGUGUAGCCUCUUUUUUACAAUCUUUUAGCUGUUUUAUUCGAGAGGAGACGUGCGUUCUGAAGAAGCAGCUGAUCGCUAAUUAUAUCGAAAAAAGUUUUUUCGAGCUAAACGAUCUUAAAGAUUAUAAGAAUGGGUGGAUGACCGAAGUUAAAAAUGGUUUGGAGGAAUGUUCGGCCCGCAAUAAUGUGAUCAACCAACUUCCUUUCCCGACUUUACAAAUCGAAGGCCAAAAAUUAUCAAACAAAUUAUCGAAACACGGAGAUACUCCUGAAACGAAAUACGGCCACGAAUUGAUUGCCCAAUGCUUAGAGAUUUUGGAGAUUCGAAAAACGGAGAUCGCAGACAUAUACAGAAGGUCAAAACAUCGAAUGGAUGUUUUGUCGAAAUUUGCAAACCUCAAGAAGGAGAUCGAGCACAUUGAAAACUGGAUACAGAAAACCCGCGAAAACUUUUGUCAAAUCAAGAUGGAGAUUGGCGUUUGUAGCCAGACUGCUAGCCAACUUCUCAAUAGAUUCAGACUCUUCCAUUCCAAUUGCUUGAAUUCACCCCUUAACAUGGACAAGAUAUAUUCAGAGGCCGAUGUUAUUCAAAAUCUCAACACCUCCAAAAACGAUAACCAAAAUUUCGAAUCAUCCUCUGAUUUCCAUAAUGGCCGCCAUCACAUGACUACCGCUUCCUCAGCUGAUAUAGAUGCUGGCAUAUUCCCUCCUUACCUUCUAGAUUACGUGGUGCGUAAUUUGGAGAGUUCUUGGAAAGGUUUCACCUCCGCUUUGCACAAGCAUUCUCAGAUAUUGGAGCUCAGUUGCGCUUUCCAUUUGAAAUAUGAAGAGCACGGUUUGAAGCUACCUUCUUUAUACCAGUACGAAACCAUCAUGUUUACGCAAGAGGAAAGUGAACCACUGGAAGAUGGCGUCUUACCGAAUUCGGUCAUCGCCCACCCAUCACAGCAAAUUUUGACAUUCGACUCUGACCCUAAUUGUAUAAGGGACAUUAUGGUGCGGUUGCAAGAAUCUGUCGAUUGCAUCACGGCCAUAUAUUUGGAUAUAAACAAAUGCGGCAAGGCGGCACUUUCUUUAAUGUCAUCCUCCUCUUCCAACAAUCAUUCAAAAAUUGCACCAGAUUAUUCUGAAGCACGGGUUCACGUAAUUGCACUUCUCACCGAGACUAGUCGACGACAAAACACUGAAAUAAAAAUGGCACUCGUCGAGGAUACCAAUGAGAUCGAACAUAGCCAUGUGGGCAGGAUGAGGCUCCGCCUCCAGACUCUAAUGAGCCAUGCGCUCUUCAAACAGGACGUGCGACACGUAUUCGAAUGGAUCAAAAAUCACGGCAAUGUAUUUUUGGAGAAGAAAACGGGAACCGGGCGGUCGUUGGCCCGGGCCAAAGCCUUGCUCAAAAAUCACGCUUUAUUUGAGCAGAUUGCGAAGAACACCUACACCAAUUCCCGAAAAUUACUUAUAGCAAGCGGAAAGCUUUUGAUUUCUUGUGAUAACAACCCUCUUUACGAUUCCAACCAUUUUAAUAGGGGCGAUAACAAUGCGCGUAUUAAUUCAGGCGGUAAUAGUGUUAGCAGCAUCGAUCACAUUGAAAAUGAAGCUAUUCUAGGCAUAGCCGAGGAGCUAAAGAUGGCCGUAACCCUGUUUUAUACUUCGGUCAAAGAACGCAGACAAAUUUUGGAAAUAUCAGUCGAUUUUUAUUCCAGGAUAGACGAAGUAACAACGUGUUUCAAGGAAAUCAUAGCUUUUUUCCAGAAUUUUAGUUUUGCAAAGUGCCUUGACACUGUAGAACCCACUCUCAUCGAUCACUCAAAAAGGUUCGGAUCCUUGUUGGAUACUUCUCGGGCUGUAUCUGGCAUGGCCGAGGAACUCUUAAUCUACAUGGAAAAACGCGGUUUGAACGAGCAAAACGAUCACUCGUGUUCCUUCCAGUCCGUGAAUAAUCUGGCCCAAAAUUUAGCCUCUCUCAGAACCUUUUCAUCUGAGCAAUGGAACAAACACAGAUAUAAGCUCGAAAUAACGCUCAAGUUCCAAAAGUUCGAAAGGGACGUUUUCGAUGUUUGCCACCAAUUGGAAUAUUUGGACGAAAAGAUUCGGGGAUUUUGUGUAGAAUCAGCUGGCUAUUCUAUACCGCCCGCGACGUUAGCCAGAAAUGAGUUUGAUCAAGUAGCCAAAAUGGCAGCAUAUUUCGGUGGUCACGUGAUUGGACUGGCUAACAAAGGAAAAGAGUUGUGCAGGACUUUGGACACACCCAUUGUGGUGUACUCUGUUGAAAAUGAUCGCCAGUUGCUGGCCCAUGUCGACGCGCUUGUCAAGUAUCUGGACGAGAGGAACUACGCCCUCAAGCGAGCUGUGGACGACCAAAGGCGGAGGUUGGAGCGAAUUUGCUAUCUGGAGUCAUUAGCUGAAGAGUGCUCCUUGUCCGUAAAGUCGAUCCGCUCCACUAACUCAAUUCUUAACUCUAGUUUAGUGAUACCCACCUCUUUCAGCGACGCGGAACAAGUAGAAAGGAGUUACGAGCCAUAUAAAAAGGCAAUCGAGAAAAUUCAGGAACGAGUUUUCCAAGUGCAAUCAAAACUAGACGGGUUCAUAGAUUCCCUACAAACAUUUCUGCCAGUGUCUCCCCUUCAAGCUGUAGUAGCAUAUAGCUCUAACUCAGUGAUGAACGGUAAUCAAAGAGCUUCCACGGCUUCUUCCUCCUCCGAGGGCUGCAAUAGCAACGUGCUUAACGGUGGUGCAUCAACUAAUAUAGACAGAUCAAUAGAUUUUAAAAAUAACCUAGCAAUAAAUGAUGAUGAAAAUCAAGUGAAUGAAUUCGAAUCUGCUACCCCAGAAACACCUCGCGACGAUACGCGGCAAAAGAAAAUUCAGAUAGACUCGCCUAACACGAAUUUCGAUGCUCAAAAUCCCGAAGAAGUAUUCAAAAUGGCAAUCGCUAGGAACUGCGAGGCCUUGAACCGUAAGUUGGGCUCGGAAUGGCAUUCAUUUGUCUCACGGGUAACGGAUAGACAUCGAUUAGUGGAAGCGGGCGUGAGGUUUUACAAAAAUGCUCAUCAAUUGGGCCGGGCUUUUGAUGCGCUAACUAGGGAUUAUAGCAUAGCUUUCGAAGGCCCACUACAAGCUUAUUAUGAUUGGUGCCCUCACUUGAAAAAUAAGACCAUUGAAGCAGACGAUUUUAUUGUAAAAGCAGACAAUAUGACAUUAACGGCAGACAAUAAAAACAAAAAUCAUCUUGUAUCGUCUACAGCGAUAAAUUAUAUACAAUGCAAGAUGGAAUCGUCUGCUAGUUCAGCUGAUAAUUUGAGGCUCGCUAUCAAGAGGCACCACGAACAGAAGGAAGCCUUUCUCAAAAAUUGUACGAUAGCGAGAGAAAUAACGGAAUUAUUUACGAGAAAUCUGUUAAGAAACAUUCAAGCCGCUCAUAAUGCAAAUGACCCAGGUCUAGCCGUGGACACUGACCUAACUACCCACCUCAACAACGUCAAUAAAAUUUUGGAACAACUCAACGAUAAGGAAUCUCAAGUUUUGGAGAUGUGGACACUUAAGAAGAAACAUAUGGACAUGUGUCAACAGUAUUCCCUUUUCGAGCAGAGCGCUUUUCAGGUCAUGCUCUGGAUCGAAAAUCAAAACAACGAAUUGUUUGAUCUUCCCGAACUGGUAACACCUAAUUAUCUCGACCAACAAACACUUUUAAAAGAAUAUACCCUGCUUAAGAAGAGGGCCAAAGAAACUAAAGAAAAGUUGAACCUUCUUAAGCGUUGCGGCGAAUGCUUACUGACAUCCAAUCCAACCAUAUCGAAUAAUUCAAAUCUAUUUGAAGUGCCCAUUAAUAACCCCUCUUUAGAUAUCACGCACACUACUACCAUCCCUAGUACAAACACUCAUAAACAUCUGAUAGACGGUUGUACGGAGAGAGUGAAGAAUCAAUUCUCUUCGUAUUCCCAAAGAGUUGACGGGAGAUUAGGUAAACUAAAAAUACGUAUUAUGGAGACGAGGAAGCGAGAAGCGGAAAAGCAGAGUGCCGCGGAAUCCAUGAUCAAGUCAACAACAGACGAUUCUCGACCUUUGCCAUCUUUGCCGCCAUUUUCCCUGGAAGAAACCGACGACAAUAUAGUAGAAGAUUUGCGACAGGAAGAUCAGAUGAUUAUAGUUAUGCGUUCACCCGUCGGAAGGGGUCAUAAAAUGGCCGCUAUAAGCGAAGGCCAAGAUGGCGAUGGAUCGGAAGUUACCAAAAUAUCAAGUAUAGCUUCUUCCAGCAAUUCUUCUUUAUCAUCUGCUUCCUUUAAAGUGACGGGGGGAAGUGGGAUAAUCAGCGCUCAGCAACAGCAGACGACCAAUAUAAAUACAUCGGAAGGUGGGAGUAGUACUGAUAAUCCGGAGAAACGCAAAUCGGCCAGAAAAAAGGAUUACAUCAUGUCUGAGUUACUGCAAACGGAAGAAACAUAUGUCCGUGAUUUGGAAGCAUGCAUUCAGCAUUAUUUGAAAACGCCAUUUUACUCUUAUCAUCGGGAAGUAGGCGAUAUCGAUAAGAAGCCAUCUAUCAUUUCCAAUACCAAAGUUAAAGCAGAUCAUAAAGUUUUACCAAUAAUUUCCGUCGACAAUCUUAAACCGCUUAUUACCUGUUUGAAGAACAAAAUAACGCCACCUACUACAAUUUCCACUACAGCUCUCGUUUCUGCUUUCGCUUCUGUCGUGUUCUGCAACCUCGAAGCCAUAUUGAAAUUCCACCGUGACACCUUCCUGGCUGAACUAGCCAGGUAUAGAUAUCUGCCUGAGGAUGUCGGUCAUUGUUUUGUCAAGUGGUCCCACACUUUUUACGAGUUGUAUGUUAGGUAUUGCACGAAUAAACCGGAUAGUAACACACUCCUAUCGAAACCAGGGAUCGAAGACAGUUUUUUCCGGGACAUUCAAAUCCGAUCUGGACUAGCCCUUUCUCUUUCGGCCUACCUUAUAAAGCCGGUUCAACGGAUCACCAAAUAUCAACUCCUCAUGAAGGAAUUGCUUUCUUGUAUAGAUUCACCUGAUAGUUCAGAUCAAACCAACGAAAUUAAAGAUGGUUUAGACGUGAUGUCGAAUGUACCCAAAAGGGCCAAUGACGCCAUGCAUCUAUCUCUUCUACAGAACUUUUCGGACGACCUUUCUCCCCCUUUGAAAGAUAACGAUAUUUCGUACUCCCAAAAUAGUAGUGAAACAUCCAUAAUCAACUCCGAUAAAAACUCAGACGACGUAUUCAGGAAAAGGGAGUUAAAUAGUGACGAUUCGAAAAGGAACAAUUUAGAGGUUCGAUUUGGUCAGCUCUGCUUGCAGGAUGGGGGCUUUCGGGUUUGGGAUUAUUGGACGGGCAAAUCGGGCCAUUCUUUCAUUCGCUCGCACGGAAAAGGCAAAAGUGGGGGAGGAGGGGGCAAAAAGGAGAGGCAAAUUUUCGCUUUCGAGACUUGCGUCUUGGUUUGCAAAAAACUCGUUAUCCCGAAUAGCAACACCGUCAAUAUAGUCAAUAGUAGCAACGCAUCCACUGAAAAUGGGGCAUCCGAUAUAGAUGAGGGUAAUGUGCUGGCUUUGUUCGGUCUCGGACAUGGAGGGACCAGACCUGCCUACUUGUUUAAACACAAGAUUAUGAUGUCCGAAGUUGGUAUAACUGAACACAUAGAAGGGGAUGAGUGCAAAUUUUCUCUUUGGCAGUUUUCUGCCUCCGUCAACUCGCAUUCCAACAAUCGGCGUUUCAUCUUCAAGGCGUCUUGUUUGGAAACUAAACAAACAUGGAUCAAAAAAUUGAGGGAACUCAUAAACGCUUUCAAUUUCUUCCGAUUGACCAGAUAUCCUUCCAUCAUUUCUUCCUCCCCUGGAACGGUCAACUUAACCAAUACUCCAUCUGGCAAAACGGCUUCUAUUUCUUCCGGCUAUUAUUCGUCUUGUUCUUCCACGAGCCUUGCAACCAGAGUCACCUCAGAUGCCUUAUCAAUUUCUUCCGCCGAUAAUUCCCUUUCCAAAAUUCGGAGUGAUAUUUUGAUUAAUGGUAUAAGCGAAGAAAUUACUCUCACUCCUAUAAAACCAUUUGUGGGAAAUAUAACGUGCCGUGUUUCCACAAUUCUUAACUCCAUUCCAUCUAACUUUGCUAACGGGGAAGAAGAUCGUAUUCAUGGAAAACAACAAACAAAUUCGAACGACAUUUUCAUUCCUUGUCAAUUAAAACCCAUACAUUUUCAAAACGAUUCCCAAAAUAAUUUGAACCAGUCAGACCUUGAUGCCACUGAAGUUAUAACUCAAGAUGAACUUCCCAAAUUUCACCCAAGCGAUCCCGGCCUUCAUAGAUCAUUUAAAGUGGAAGAAACGGAUGAUUAUACCAAGAAUGCAGUCGUUUUUACACACAAAACAAACGAUAAUUUGAGGCCAUAUGACGAAUUACUUACUAAAAAAGCUUGUCAAUCCCCGAAAUCUCAACUAACUUCCAUGAAAAAAAUAGCUGACGAUAAUGACGAAGAAGCUUACGAAGAUGUAACGGAAAUCGUUCCAACUCUACCGGAAGUCCUAUCGAAUAUAUCGUCUACUUUGACCUUGCCCCCGCCUUCUACUUAUCAUCUCCCUUUCUUUUAUUACGAUGACCACCACGAGGAAGAACAUAAAAUAUACGGUUCUAAUAAUGAGGACAAAUCUAACUCAUAUGCCGAUAUUCAGAAAACAGAAAGCAAACUGGAAAUUACCGACGAGGAAAAUUUAGAUCAGGUGAUAACCGCCGCUCUGAGCGAAUUUUCCUUCCCGCCAUUCUCAUCUUCCCGUUGAAUUACUACUAAUCACAAAUCGAUUAAAUACUUUUAAAAAUUUAUUAUAGGUGCAAUUUUUCAUAGAAUUUUGUUUUAUUUAUUGAAACAAUAUUUUUUUUAAAAACAAGUGAUAAAUAUUUUUAAAUAAAAGCUGUAACUUUAUGAAAAUCAGCCACAAAAAUUUAAAACUAGUGUACAUAGCUUCUCUUCUCUAUUUCAUUAUGUAUUUGCAGAAAUUAGCACUCCAAAUUAUAGCAAUCUGGCAUUUAACCGAAUAUUGCAUAUUUUAUAAAAUAAUUGAGACAAACUUAUAAAAAGUUAUUUCGAGACC